AAAUGUGAGAAGCUACACAAUUGUUGCAUCCUCUUCUUCCUUUUGCGGGCAAACAAUCCAUUCCAAUGCAACAACACCAGUGGAGAAAAGGUUAUGUUUUUGGGUGAAAUAUCCGACAAAAAUAGCCUAUCAAACUUUUUUCAAAUGUCAAGGAUUUGCAGUAAUUUUUGUUCAUUCGCCUGUACAUUUCUUGAAAUGCGAAGGAUUUGCAGUAAAUGCUUUUGGAGUCCGAAGAAAAUCAGCAAUUUUACUAAUGAAUAAUCUCUGCAGCAUAAAGGACAUGCCCGUUCCGUAAAUAGCAACGGCCUCGCUCGAAUUGUGGGUCCCACAGUACUCUGCCAUCUAAAAACCGUCACUUUUUUCCAUCACUCUGCCGGUCGUUAUUUUCCCGCGUCCACCGAAACCGCUGGUGGCCUUUUCGUCGCCUGGAAGUCUCGAGUCUCGACACGGACCACGGCGAUUGGAGCGGACCGAAGCCAUUGGAGCAGGAUUGGCCGGUGCCGAUGAAGCCGGCGGAGGACGCGGCCGUCCCGACGGCGGCGCAGACGGAGUGGUACGACCCGAUGUCGCCGCCGGCGCCGCCGCAGCAGCAGCCGGCAGUGGAGGGGGUGGCGGGGACCUCGCCGUCGGUGAGCUCUGACGACGCACGGCCUCUCAGGGUGUACGCCGACGGCAUCUACGAUCUCUUCCACUUCGGCCAUGCGCGCGCGCUUGAACAGGCCAAGAAAUCAUUUCCCAACACCUACUUGCUCGUCGGUUGCUGCAGCGACGAGAUCACCCAUCGGUACAAAGGAAAGACCGUCAUGACCGAGGACGAGCGCUACGAGUCACUUCGGCAUUGCAAGUGGGUUGAUGAGGUUAUACCGGAUGCGCCAUGGGUGAUCAAUCAGGAGUUCAUUGACAAGCACAACAUUGACUACGUUGCGCACGACGCACUUCCGUAUGCUGACACCAGUGGAGCUGCCAACGACGUCUACGAAUUUGUGAAAGCAAUCGGAAAGUUCAAGGAGACCAAGCGCACUGAGGGCAUCUCGACAUCGGACAUCAUCAUGAGGAUCUUAAAGGAUUACAACCAGUACAUCAUGCGGAAUCUGACCCGUGGAUACAGCCGCAAAGACCUCGGCGUGAGCUAUGUCAAGGAGAAGCAACUGAGAGUGAACAUGGGGUUCAGCAAGCUAAGGGAGAAGGUGAAGGAGCAUCAAGAGAAGUUUCACAGUGCGGCGAAGAUAGCUGGAAGCAACCCCGUGGAGUGGAUGGAGAAUGCUGACCGUUGGAUUGUUGGGUUCCUCGAGAAGUUUGAGGAAGGUUGCCACAUGAUGGAAACUGCGAUCAAAGAUCGAAUUCAGGAGGGGCUGAAGAGGCAAAGCAGGUCGGAGUCGAACCUUUCUGGUGGUUCCGGGGAGGACUCGGACUCAUAAUGUCCUGUAACAUCCGGAUCAAUCAAACUAGACAAAAGGAGAACUGGAGAUCAUAUCCCUAAAGUUUGUGUUAUAGCAUGAGAUCGAUUAGCAUGUUACUGUAGAGCAUCAGGAAUCAUGAUUUAGUUGUACCAGGAGAUUGUGUACUAUUAAGAGCAAACAUAUUUCUGUAUGUAAUCAGUUGUUAUUCCUCAGUUGAGCAUCUGCAUCUGGCAUCCUGCUUGGUAUUGUUGCC